UUGAUUUUUAUAUUAAUUUUUUUAGCUUCUUUUAAUCAGAGCAGUGGAUGGGUUGGAGGGAGGAGGGGCUCCGGGCUCCGUGCUGUGCUGUGCGGAUCCGUGCUGCACAUCGGAGCUAAACUCACCUCACACUGACUCCCAUCCGCGCCUUUCGUCACACAACUUGUCCCGCACCAGGAUAAACGCGUGUCCUUCCCGGUGGUUCUACUCGGCCGAGUGUGAAGAGGGAGAUGCGGUCGGACGGAGAUGAUAAUAAGGAAGAAAUGUUAGUUUAACCUUGGCGUGUGUGUUGUGGGCGUCGGUGAUGUUUGCCGCCGGUGACUGCAGAAAUUCCCGACGUGUCCACGAACCGAACGACUGCCUGUCGGCGCGCGCUUGGAGAGCAGCAGCGGAGUGAACAAGGAUGCGCCUCACAGGAUGUUUUUAUAUUUUUGCUAAUGUAGUUAUGUGACUGAACACAGUGAACCCCGCAAAGUAAAUUCGGAGAAAACAGAAUUCACUCUUAUAUUAUUUUCGUUUUUUACGCUUGUGGACGAAAUUUAUGCGCCGACCGCUGUCGGGGCCAAUAUGCUAGAAUGGCUCCUCUACACUAUUUAUUUCUCUGUGGACUUCUGUGCUCCCCAACCUACGGAUCCCGUGUUCGCCAGGAAGACUUCCCCCCUCACAUUGUGGAGCACCCCUCCGACCUCAUUGUGUCCAAAGGAGAACCGGCGACUCUUAACUGUAAGGCAGAAGGUCGUCCAACCCCCACGGUGGAAUGGUACAAGGACGGGGAGCGAGUUGAGACGGACCGCGACAACUCUCGAUCCCACCGCAUGCUGCUGCCCAGUGGCUCCCUCUUCUUCCUACGCAUAGUCCACGGGCGACGGAGCAAGCCUGACGACGGCAACUACGUCUGCGUUGCUCGAAACUAUCUCGGGGAGGCCGUAAACAGGAAUGCAUCACUACAAGUGGCACUGCUACGUGACGACUUCAGACUGAACCCACAGGACGCCGUUGUAUCGGUCGGAGACACUGCCAGUUUUGAGUGUCAGCCUCCACGCGGCCAUCCAGAGCCCACCACUUUCUGGAGAAAAGACAAGAGUCGUCUUGACCUCAAAGAUGACAGGAUCACGAUACGUGCGGGAAAGCUGACCAUUUCAAACACUAAAAAGACCGAUGUGGGAAUUUAUGUCUGUGUCGCAAGCAACAUGGUUGGAGAGAGGGAAAGUGAAAAAGCCCAACUGUCAGUUUAUGAGAGACCAGUGUUUGUCCAGAGGCCUGUGAACCAGGUGAUCCUGGUGGACGAAAGUGUAGAGUUCAGGUGUCAGGUCAGCGGUGACCCUACACCCACACUGCGCUGGAGAAAGGAAGACGUUGAUAUCCCCCGCAGCAGGUAUGACAUCCGAUAUGAAAAAGAUGACUUCCUACUCAAGAUUAAGAAGGCAACAGUCGGUGACCAGGGAACCUUUACGUGCAUUGCUGAAAACCCUGUGGGUAAAGUGGAAGCCUCUGCCUACCUGACAAUUAGAGAGGCACCUCAAUUCGUCGUCCGACCCCGGGACCAGAUUGUGGCUCAAGGACGGACAGCUACCUUUCCUUGUGAAACCAGGGGCAAACCUCAGCCUACUGUCUUUUGGCAGCGGGAGGGAAGCCAGGAUCUUCUGUUUCCCAACCAGCCAGUACAGGACGACAGCCGACUCUCCGUGUCUCUGGAUGGAGAGUUGACCAUUUCGUCUGUGCAACGCUCCGAUGCGGGAUAUUACAUCUGCCAGGCCCUCACCGUGGCAGGCAGCAUAAUGGCAAAGGCUCAGCUUGAGGUAUCAGACGAUCUGAAGGACCGUCCACCACCUAUAAUCCGGCAGGGGCCAUCCAACCAAACACAGGUUCUUGGAGGCGUAACCCUCCUCAAGUGUCAGGCCAAUGGGGAUCCGGAGCCGACGGUUUCUUGGCGAAAAAAUGGAGCCAGUUUGCUCGGAAAGGACCCUCGCUUUUCCUUACUCGACCAUGGGAGCCUUCAGAUCCAGAAUACCAGGUUGUCUGACUCGGGACUCUACACCUGUGUGGCCACCAGCUCCAGUGGAGAAACGUCAUGGAGUGCCUUCUUAGAUGUCAAAGACACCGACUAUCCCACUGACCCCGUUGACUUUAUGUACCACAAUACAUCAGUCCUACCAGGGCCACCGUCCAAGCCAGCGGUCACUGAUGUCACCAAGAGCAGUAUCUCGUUGUCAUGGGAACCCGGGCCUGAGACAGGCUCCCCUGUGUCUUUCUAUGUCCUAGAAGCCUUCGGUCAGUCCGUGAGUAACAGCUGGCAGACUGUAGCAGACCACGUGAAAACCACCGAGUACACAGUGAUGGACCUACGACCCAAUACUGUCUACCUCUUCAUCAUCAGGGCAGUAAAUUCUCAGGGGGUGGGAGAUCCGAGCCCCAUGUCCGAGCCCGUCCGUACACAAGACAUCAGUCCUACAUCACAGGGCGUGGAUCACCGCCGUGUGCAGAAGGAGUUGGGUGACGUGAUUGUCAGCAUGCACAACCCAGUGGUUCUGAGCUCUACUUCAGUGAAGGUCACCUGGACUGUGGAUAAUCCAUCCCAGUUCAUCCAAGGUUACCGUGUCCUUUAUCGGCAGACGUCAGGGCUGCCCUCACCAGGGCAGUGGCAGACGCAGGACCUGAAGGUUUCCUCAGACAGAGACAUAACUCUCGCCGGUCUGAGGAAGGGCAUUGUCUAUGAAAUUAAAGUACGGCCAUUCUUCAACGAGUUCCAGGGCGCAGACAGUGAAUCCAUGACCGCUCGUACCAUGGAGGAAGCACCCGAUGCACCGCCCCAACAAGUCACGGUGGCAACUGUAGGGAGCCAUAACAGCACUUCCAUCAGUGUGUCCUGGGACCCUCCUCCUUUAGACGAGCAGAAUGGCAUCAUCCAACAGUACACGAUCUGGUGUUCGGCCAACGAAACACGAUUCCAGGUCAAUAAGUCUGUGGACGCAACCAUUCGUUCAGUGGUGGUUGGAGGUCUGCAGACCGGAGUGCAGUACCAUGUGGAGGUGGCUGCAGGCACCAGCGCAGGGGUGGGGGUCAGGAGCAAACCCCAGCUCAUCAUCUUGGGUGCAGAACUGAGGGAUGUAAUGACAGGGUCGCAGGGCAACAACAGCAUUUCCGAUGUGGUGAAGCAACCAGCUUUUAUAGCGGGUCUGGGCGGGGCUUGUUGGAUUGUCCUUAUGGGCUUCAGUGCAUGGCUGUACUGGAGAAGAAAGAAGAGAAAGGGUCUUAGCAACUAUGCAGUUCAGUCUUUUACCUUCACUCGAGCAGUGACUUUCCAGAGGGACAGGGGCCUGAUCCGAAAUGCAAGCCGCCCAGGGCUUCUAAAGGCGGGUGACCCAGGUCUUCCCUGGUUGGCUGACUCCUGGCCCUCCACAAGCCUCCGAGCUACCAGGGACUUAGGAAGUCCUAAAGCUGGCAACUGCUUUGGCAGAGGAGACGUUUUACCCUCUGCCGCUGUGGAAAAGACAGGCACCAUGCUGUCUGAUGGGGCCAUCUACAGCAGUAUCGACUUCAUGGGGAAAACCGGCUACAGCAGCCCAGCGCAAGGCACUCUGCCCACCCCCUAUGCCACUACACAGAUACUCCAGUCCAACAGUUUCCAUGAGCUGGCUGUGGACAGGCCAGAUCCCAGCUGGAAGACUUCUCUUCAGGCCCAGCAGGAAAUCGCCAACCUGGGCUACUCCCUAACAGAAAGACACCCUGGCAGUGGUGCAAAGGCGGGGAAGAAAAAGAAGGUGAAGAGUGGAACAAAGACUCCCAAAUCGAAUGAGAUUUGUUGGGGUAAUAUGCCGCUGCCUCAACCACGAAAGCACCCACUCCCUGGUACGGAGGUUGACCUCGACUGCUAUCCUGAGGAAAGCCAUGAUGGACGCAGAUUUGACAGCACCAGUUGGGCUUCACCCAUGUCGGUUCAGACCUACCAUCACCAAAACUUGGACAGUGAGUUGGAGGAGAAGCACUGUCCCACUCCUCCACUGAGAGGAAUAUCGUCUCCGGCAGUAGCACCGUUCGGCCAGCCGUCAUCAUCUUCUCUUAGCUCCUCCCACCAUGAGGAAAUGCAAUCCAUUUUGCAGGCUCAUUUGGACGAGCUCACCAGAGCUUACCAAUAUGAGGUGGCUAAGCAGGCAUGGCACAUGAAGAGCAUGCCUAGUAUGUCCAAGGACCCCAUCCCUCCCAUUGAUUUCAUGUCCAGCCCUGUAGUCUCCGAUUUGGGAGCAACUCUCCUUUCUAAAGAUGAGGACGAGGACGAAGACGAGGACGAGGAGUCCAAAUAUGCAGUGGUGUCGAGCAACUUGUGUGGCUUCGAAUACAUUCCUGGACACGGCGCUGAUAACCAUGAGGGCUCAGGUAAAACGCUCCAGUCAUGUCACUCAGAUACUUCUGGCUCAUCAGAUUAUGGAACACACAGCACGCAUAGCCUUGGCCACAUGAGGGCAUCACUUACUGCCCUCAAACCUCAGACGGAUAAGGCUGGGCCAACAUCUAGAGGGAGAGACACUAACACACACACCUACACACCUCCUGUGAACAGUUUGGAUUCCAAAAUCCACAGCCCGUGGGCAGCUGCAGCCUCAGAACCCUCUAAGGAGUGCAUGGUGACGGUGUCGACUCUGGAGCGGCAGCAUAUGGCUUCCUGGAGUGAUACGGCGGCGUCUAACAGGGCCAGUCUGAGCAGAGGUUCCUACAAGAGGCCUGACACAGAUCCUUCUCACACCGCUCACUCUCCCAGUAACAGAAGAGAGAAAAGGGACUACUGUAAGGAUCUCUCCUCGUGAGCCUCUCUGAAGCGUUGUCAUUUAAUGCCUGCUUUUCCAGGACGCCCUUAUUUCUAAGCACCGUGAGGUUCUCUCACUGCGAGUGCCGCAGAACGAUGUUGGGAGAAGAUGGAGCGGAAGAGGAAAGGUGGGAGACAAAAGAAAAAGCUGUAAAUGUGAUGUACAGACACAGACACUCACAAUGUCUCACAAUCCUAUUUUCACUGCAGUAUGGUGAACAGUUUGUUUAGUGUCUGCUUCUAUUUUUCUGUCACAUGAUGUUCACACAGCUGAGAUGCAAUGAAACGACUAACAAAAAAAAACAAAAAAACAAAAAAAAAAAGGACUUGCGUACAUUGUAAAUAUAUUUUUUAUGUUUCGGUUUUCUUUUGCUUUGCUAUGCAAGCCAAACUCUAUCGUUGUCCUGUUUGUGUUUUAUUACUGUGCAUCUUUUUUUUUUUUUAUUUAAACAGUGCUCAAACUGCUGGCUUAUUUGAAUAAAGCUACUGUAUUGUUGUACUUUGCACAGUGUUUCAGUAAAAACAAGCACAACUCUAUUGUCAGCAGAGCUGAGAUGAAGAAUCUGAAUGGAAGGAAUGGUGAUAGACACAGCCUAACCUGGAAAUACUGUACGUUCUAGGCUGUGCUGUUUAAUGGUAAGGUUGAGUUGAGUGUAUUGUAAACAGGUUAACACUUGACAAAAUGGAUAAUUGUGUUUUACAUGUCCUGGGAUACAUGUCGUUAUGUUAUACUAACAAGGACUUUUGAAUGAAGCAGUUACGACGACAUUUGUACGGUAAUAAAAAGGAACACCUCAGUAGUGAUAUACCAAGCAGACUCCAGACAGUAGGCAUGUUUCUUCUUCUCUGCUAUUACCAAAACGAGUCUGUUAAUAACUGUAACUGUAUUUUGUUUUUCACAAAGUGACAUGAAAAAGUGCAAUAUUCUGAGGAUAAUGUAUAGAAAAUGGCAAUGACUUCUUUUUUUUCCUUUUUCAUUUUUUAAGUCACUGGUCAUGUCCUCUAUAGACUUAUACAGAUACAGAUGGAUGCAUGGAAAUGUUUUGACAUCUCUCAAAGACAAGGUCAGGCUCGCGAUUUAAAUAUCAGAGAAAAAUGCUACAUUUGUUAUUAUAUAGUACACUGGAUUUACACUAUAUAUGUACAAAUACGUAUACAGGUGGAAACUGCCACAUCUGAAAAACUUUUUUUUCAAAUUUAAACCAAUAAUCUGCCAAUGUGCGUCUGAAUUCCUUUUACACGUUUGGAUUUUUUUGUUGUUGUUUUGGCAAUUGUUGUGGAUAUUCGCUCUCAUUUUGAAGAUUCUUUACCUGCCAGAAUAGGCCUCCCUCAGGUAUACAUAGCCAAACAAAGAAGGGCCGUUUGCUUUGACGAAAAAUAAACGUGUGUACGUAAAGAAAACAAAGCUUGUUCUCUUUGUUACAUUUUUAAAAAUCACUUUUUUCGGGAAUUGUUGUACUCGUAAACAUUUGGGGGAGUGGUGGCCUGAUGGUUAAGAAGGUUGGGGGUUCGAAUCCACAAGCCACCAAGGUGCUACUGAGGUGCACUGAACCCCACUAAAGUGAGGACACAUUUUAUUGUGUGUGGUGACGAAUACAGUAUAUUACUUUCACAACAGUUAUAAAAAAAAGCUGCAGAAAAUGCAAAAGCUGGACUUUCACUUUUAAUGUUUCUUAUUAGCUUAUUUUCCAGGUGAUAAUUUAAAACCAUAGUUUGUCACAACUUGCACUGAAUCAUAUCACGGAGGGAAGGGUAGCAGUUCAGAGAGUUGACAUUUGUGAAGCUGUGUUGGAUGGCAAAAACAUUUCCACAAAAACAUUUUUAUUUCACCGUAGUUGGCUGAGUAUUGGGACCACGGUGGAGAAAAAAUACUAAAAUUACAAGAUUCAGUCUGGAUUUAUGAAAAUAAAGUCAUAAAUCUACAAGAUUAAAGUCAUACAUUUAUGAGACUAAAGUCGUACAUUUUGAUUGUUUGUUUUGGAGGAGAUGAAAGAAGAGCACUGUGUUGAUUAUAAUAAACAUCAGGACAUUGAAAAGGUUGUCUUUACUGAAGAAGGAACCACGCAGAACUUUGUCGUUGUACCAAAUACUGCAACAGACUUCUGCAAUUUACCAAGAUAAAAAGCAUUUGUUAGAUAUUUCAUUAUAAAUGGUUUAAACCGGGUUUCCCUUAGACUCUUGGUCAUGACAUGAUGCUUGGGUUGCCA